CGAAACUUUGGCGAUGUCUUCCAAAAGACGUUGGAGUGGAACGACAUCAUAGAAGAGGCCGACAAUGUGUUGAAUGAGUUCGAGAAUAUCAAGAGAGGAAACGCAAGAAUGUCGAGAAGGGGGUCACUCCUGCAGCCCAGGUAUAUCUUCUUGAGUCCACACCCAGAGGUUACGUACGAGAGAGUCCUUCAAAGCGCUAAUUCUCUACCACUGAGAGCGUGGACUUCAGAGUUAUUUCUUGAAUCCAAAGAGAGCUCACAAUUAAUGGAUUCGGAGAACCGACAGAAUCUGAAGUGGAACGCAUCGCUCGAAGACUUUAGACACCUGUUGUCUCCAGAACUGAGCCAUUUUGGUAACGAUGUCUACUCCGGGAUGAUUGAGGCCAAGCGACGACUGAGUCUUUGUCCGCCACAACCCGUCACUCAGUCUAUACAUUUCCGUCGUAACAGUUAUCUAAACGGAGAGGUUUGGGCACAAAGUGAUAGCAAGUGUCAUAAAAAGAGAGACUAUGACCAUAAACUUGGAGUCAUUAGACAGAACUCUGGAGUCAAUUCUGUGAAUAUUAGUCCAGAAAUGGUAAAAAAGUCUCAAACAUCUAACGGUUUGCUAACUGUUCCCGACCCAACUGUUCACAUCAAAAAGAAUGGUGUCAACUAUAAGCGAAAUGAUAGCAAUGAGUCGAUUGAGUUCAUUGAUAUUGAAAAUAUGAGCCCAAAAGUGGUGGCAAAUGAGUUGACUCUUAUCGUCAAAGAAUUGUUUUUAUCACUAAAUGGCACUGAAAUCAUAACACUAUUAAUUCGACCAAAUUCUAUAAGCCCUGGCACUUGUUCCAAUAUCGCCGCGCUAUUGGGCUUUCAAAAGCGGACAAUUCAAUUGAUAUCAAGUUAUUUACUGAAACUAAUUGAUCCUGAAAUAUGUGCCAAAAGAAUCGCUUACUUUAUUGAGGUGGCAAAAGAACUGAAAGCUCUACAGAAUUGGCAUUCAGUCUACUCUAUAAUAUUAAGUCUUCAAAGUCCUCCCAUCGCGCGACUACGCGAGUGCUGGCAAAUCGUAUCAAAUCACUUUUCAGACAAUUACUGCGAAUACAUUGAAAUGUCGGAACAACUCAAGGCAGACGCCGACCCUCUGACCUAUACUUCCCCUUCAAUCCCAUUAUUCAGUGAUUUAAUGGAUUACUUGAAGGAAAGAUGUGGUGCGAAGUACUUUGAGAUUAAAAGUCAUCGCUUACGGAGUCACUGGUCUAAAAGGGAGACAAUUGCCGUAUGGGUUGACCAACAGAUUGACGACUUGAUAGGUGUGGCCAAAGAUAAGAAGAAAGUACAGAAAAGAGUGGAAUAUAUUCGUAAAACUUCAGUAGAAGGGCAAAGAAAAGGGGUUUUCAAGAAAUUAUUGACCAAAAGAAGUGGCAGUAAUAAAGAAUAUUCCGAUUCCAUGAGUAACGACACCGACAGCCGGAACAGUUCCAUCACAUCCCUAAACAGCGAAAAGUUGAGAUUAAGACUGAUGUCCGAAAAGAGUGCGAAGCCUUCGUGUAAAAACAUUUGGUCCGUCGCCGACAUUCAGAGAUUACGCGAAUUCGAUGAAAAGGAGAUUCUGGAGGAGAUUGUCAGAGGACUGGUAUGUUACCAGAGAUAUGCCAACGACUAUCAGCUCAAUGAAUCGGUUCAGAGCGUCAGAGAUUUCCUUUUAUUACAGCCAUAUAAGGAACUGGACGCCUGUCUCAAGAGAUCCUAUUUAUUAGAGCCUAAAAGUGUGAAAAAGUCUUCCAAUCAUAUUGUCGUA